AAGGAUACAAAGGGCAUGUUUUGGAAAAGGUUUAGUAGAGACCAAUUGAUUGAAUACUUCUUGUUUACUGGCAUUCCAGGACAAUUAUAUAGGACAGGACGUAGCACCGUAGAUAAAUGUCAAUGAAGUAAUAAAUUGAAGUUAUACGGUUACGCAAGUUGCUUCCUAAACUCGUUUUUGAGGAAGUAGAUCUAGGAGAUAGUCAGAGGUGAUCUGUCGUGUUCAUCGGAACGGUACGUGCUUAUAACAAGGAGAAAGAAGAAUGGCUAACCCCAAGUCUCGAAUAAGACGUUUGUUCAGUCAUCCAAGUGAGGCUAUGCAGGAUGGCGACAGAGAGGAGAUCCUCUAUGUUGCCUGUUCACCUUCUAACCCGAGGAGAACAAGGGACACCCUGAUGUAUUGAUAACCCUCGACGUCCAGUCGGAUUUAGACACAUACGGCAAGGUGAUCCAUCAGCUGAGGAUGCCUCACGUUGGCGACGAGAUAUCCCGUCUUGGAUGGAAUACCUGCAUGAGUUGCUAUGGGGAAGAUGAAAGCGCAAGUCAUGGAAUGUUGGUUGUCACCUGUCUGCGAUCAUCCAGGAUAUACAUCAUCGAUGUGGCUUCUGACCCCAAAAGCUCCUGCUAUCAAAAAGGUAAUAGAAGAUGAAAUGAUCCGUGAGAGAUCGGGAUUGACCAGCCCAACGACUAGCCAUUGCCUGGGGUUUGGUCAAGUCAUGGUUAGUGCAUUCGACAAAGGAGAAGACCAAUGCGAUAAAGGUGGAUUCUUUGUCCUGGAUGGUGAGACUCUCGAUGUGAAGGAGCGUUGGGAUAGUGGUCACGAUUCUAAUGUCUUCUGUCAUGAUUUCUGGUAUCAACUCCUAACACAUAAUGUCAUCAUCAGCAGUACUGGAUGGGGGCGUCGUGAUAUCUUCAACGGUCAGACAUCUAUCAAGGACGCCAUCUCUCAAGCUUCUGACAGUCGGAACCUGCACGUUUGGGAUUUUGAGAAGCGAACUGUUACUCAGGCCAUUGACCUUGGCGAAGAUGGCGCUGUUCCACUAGCAGUAAGAUUUCUUCACGAUGCCGACCAGAGUGUCGGUUUUGUGUCGUCUGCUUCAGGAAGUGCUAUCUUCAAGUUCUUCAAGACGAGUGAUGACAAGUGGUAUGCCAAGAAAGUUAUCAGCUUCACCCCUGGAGAGCUUUCACGGGAUGGAUAUAAAUCCCUACCAGCUGUGACGUCCGACUUGGUAUUAUCAUUAAACGACCGGUUCUUGUACUGUUGUAACUGGAUGUAUGGGGAGGUUCGUCAGUAUGACGUCACGGAUACGGACAACCCCAAACUCGUCGGGCAGGUCCAAAUCUGCGAGGUUUAUGACAAGAAUGCGAAUCCAGAUGAAGGAGGUGUCAAAGGUCAAAGGAUCCACGGCGGCCCUAGCAACAUGACGCUAAGUUUGGAUGGAAGACGUCUCUAUGUGACGACAUCGCUGUUUAGCCGAUGGGAUGCAGAGAUUUACCCUGACACAGUCAAGAAUGGAUCAUCUCUCGUCAUGAUUGACAUCAAUCCAGACGAAGGGGGGUUGACUCUCAACCAGGGCUUCAUGGCCGAGCUCACCGGGCUGGGAGAUGACGGGACAUCGGUGUCCCUGUUAGCCAAGGAGAUGCGAUACCCAGGGGGCGAUUGCACCAGUGACAUCUUUCUUUCUUUGUGUUCCUUACAACCUAAGAAGGUUUUUAAAAGAUUAGGCUUCAUUCGUUUUGAUAAUUAGAUUGUCAAAUUCGCAUCCUGGUCGAUUUUUUUCUUCUGUCGAUUAUAUGAUUAAAAAUAUGUAUAGUUUCUAAUUCUAAUUUGAUUUGAAAAUAUAACAAAACUGUGUUUGGUAACAACUCGAGAAAGAGGGUGUGAGAGAGAGAGAGAGAGAGAGAGAGAGAGAAGGGGGGGGGGGUACCUUGUGGUUGAUUCACAUUAUUGUUAUAAGAUAAUUUUAUAAGUAAAUAUAUUUGUAUUAAAAAAAACACUAACACGAGCACAAAAACACAUAGGUGUGAAUCUACGUAUGUGCCAAACUGGGUUUUACAUACAGGGUAGUGGAGGAGGGAAAGGGGGCAUGUGCCCACAUUUCCCUUCAACCCUCAAACGCAUGUACGUGUACAACGUUCGAUAGAGGCAUGCAAGUCAAGAAAUAUAUUAUUCUUUAUAUAAAUAUUUCGAUAGAACGCUUUCACACUAGUCUUGUUACAAUCAUUCUAUCGGAAAUUCUAACGGAUAUUUACAAAUUUUUAAUUCUAUUUUUUUAACAUGUUGAAGAAACUGCAAAUAGUAAUCAAACUUCCACGUCUUAGACAUCUGCUGAAUGAAUAUCCUACCUCUUCUUUUCUAUAUUUCUAUAGAGUCAUAUUAUCUUGAGAAACAACUUUGCAAUGUUUACAAUUUUGUCUUCUUGCUUCUAUUUUGUAUUUUUGUUAUGUUUUGUCGUUUCUACUUAGUGGAAGGUUAGUCUCAUAAGGAACUACAUAUACUUGUUCCUUCUUGGCUCUGUACCUCACUCAUGCAAUAUUGUGUUAUGAACAUGAAAUCCUUUGCUUUUGUCGAUGUUGAUUGUCAAAUUUGGUUUAAAAAAAAAUUGGAGUUGUAAAAACAAUAAUAAAUCACUAUAAUGGAAUGUCAGCUGCUGAAAAGAA